GCCACUGUUGGCGAACUCCCCUCACGCUACUGCGCCCCAGCGCACACGCGCACCCUCUUCCUCUCGCUCUCUUUGCUUAAAUGCCCCAGACCUAAUCAUUCCCAUCCCCCCUCUCCUCUCUCUCUCUCUCUCCCCUUCCCCCAGAGCCCCAACCCCACCCGGCCGGCCACCAUGGCGAUCUCCGAGCUCGGGUGAGCGGAUGAGAAUGCGGCGGAUUUGAGGCGGCCCCGGGUGGCGGAUGGGGUUACGACUUGGCGGAUUCGUGAGGGUCGAUAGGUUUUGCUAGGAUUUGGUGCUUCUUGGGGUGGGAGAUCGAUGAGCUCCUCGUCGGGGGCCAGCGUCGGGCAGCAGCAGCCGCCGCCGCCGCUGCCCGCGCCGCCGCCGGAGGAAGGUGCGUGCUGGCUAGAGAAGAAGAACCUCAACUCGGAGCUGUGGCACGCGUGCGCCGGCCCGCUCGUGUGCCUCCCCACCGUCGGCACGCGCGUCGUCUACUUCCCGCAAGGCCACAGCGAGCAGGUGGCAGCGUCGACGAACAAGGAGGUGGAGGGUCACAUCCCCAACUACCCCAACCUGCCGCCGCAGCUGAUCUGCCAGCUCCACGAUGUCACAAUGCAUGCUGAUGUGGAGACUGACGAAGUGUACGCGCAGAUGACGCUGCAGCCGCUGAACCCACAAGAGCAGAACGAUGCCUACCUGCCUGCGGAGAUGGGGAUUAUGAGCAAGCAGCCGACAAAUUACUUCUGCAAGACGCUGACGGCGAGCGACACCAGCACGCACGGAGGGUUCUCUGUGCCCCGCCGUGCCGCUGAGCGGGUCUUCCCUCCUCUGGAUUUCACACAGCAGCCUCCUGCCCAGGAGCUAAUUGCACGGGAUAUUCAUGAUGUCGAGUGGAAGUUCAGACACAUCUUCCGAGGCCAACCUAAACGACACCUGUUAACAACAGGCUGGAGCGUGUUUGUCAGUGCUAAGAGACUUGUUGCUGGAGAUUCUGUGCUUUUCAUAUGGAAUGAGAAAAACCAGCUUUGGCUGGGAAUCAGGCGUGCCAGCCGGACACAGACUGUGAUGCCUUCCUCUGUUCUAUCGAGUGACAGCAUGCACAUAGGGCUCCUUGCAGCUGCCGCUCAUGCUGCUUCCACGAAUAGUCGCUUCACAAUUUUCUACAAUCCAAGGGCAUGUCCAUCAGAGUUUGUCAUACCACUUUCAAAGUACAUCAAGGCUGUUUUUCACACCCGGAUAUCGGUUGGGAUGCGAUUCAGGAUGCUCUUUGAGACCGAGGAAUCUAGUGUCCGCAGGUACAUGGGAACAAUUACAGAAGUAAGUGAUGCAGAUCCAGUGCGUUGGGCUAGUUCCUACUGGAGAUCGGUGAAGGUUGGUUGGGAUGAAUCAACCGCGGGUGAAAGGCCACCGAGGGUUUCUUUAUGGGAAAUUGAACCAUUGACAACCUUCCCCAUGUACCCGUCUCUGUUUCCGCUGAGGGUCAAGCAUCCCUGGUAUUCUGGAGUUGCUGGACUUCAUGAUGACAGCAAUGCUUUGAUGUGGCUGAGAGGAGUUGCUGGUGAUGGAGGUUAUCAGUCUUUGAACUUUCAGUCGCCUGGUAUUGGCCCCUGGGGGCAACAGAGGCUCCAUCCAUCCUUGAUGAGUACUGACCAUGAUCAGUACCAAGCUGUAGUUGCUGCCGCUGCUGCCUCCCAGUCGGGUGGUUAUAUGAAACAGCAAUUCCUAAACCUUCAGCAGCCUAUGCAGUCCCCCCAAGAACACUGCAACCUCAACCCGCUGUUGCAGCAACAAAUCCUGCAGCAAGCAAGCCAGCAGCAAACAGUUAGUGCUGAGAACCAAAAUAUUCAGACAAUGCUUAACUCAAGUGCUAUCCAGCACCAACUGCAACAGAUCCAGCAAAUGCAGCAGGCUCACAUUGAUCAAAAACAGAAGAUUCAACCAGACCAAACAUAUCAAGUUCCUACUAGUUCUGCUCUUCCCAGUCCAACAUCACUACCAAGUCAUCUGCGUGAAAAGUUCGGCUUCUCUGAUCCUCAUGUGAAUUCUCCAACCUUCACCACUUCUAGCAGCAGCGACAACAUGCUCGAAUCAAGCUUCCUUCAGGGAAGUUCAAAAGCGGUGGACUUGUCUAGAUUUAAUCAGCCUGCACUUAAUGAGCAGCAACAACAACAUCAACAGCAACAGCAACAGCAACAACAACAGCAACAACAGGCGUGGAAGCAGAAGUUUAUGGGUUCAUCAUCACUGUCUUUUGGGGGCUCGGUUUUGCUUAACUCACCCACAGGUAAGGAUGGUUCUCUGGAAAACAAAAUUGGUCCUGAUGGGCAGAACCAGUCCCUUUUUAGUCCUCAGGUUGAUUCUUCCUCCCUACUGUACAACAUGGUGCCUAACAUGACAUCAAAUGUUGUGGAUAAUAACAUGUCGACGAUUCCUUCUGGAUCAACUUAUCUGCAAAAUCCGAUGUAUGGCUGCUUGGACGACUCUUCUGGUAUAUUUCAAAAUACAGGAGAGAAUGACCCAACAAGCAGAACUUUUGUGAAGGUUUACAAGUCAGGAUCAGUGGGGAGGUCCUUGGACAUCACCCGGUUCUCUAAUUAUGCCGAACUUCGAGAAGAACUGGGUCAGAUGUUCGGCAUUAGGGGUCAGUUGGAUGACCCCGAUAGAUCAGGCUGGCAGCUUGUAUUCGUCGACAGGGAGAAUGAUGUGCUUCUCCUUGGAGACGACCCUUGGGAGUCAUUCGUGAAUAGUGUAUGGUACAUCAAAAUACUUUCACCUGAGGAUGUCCAUAAGUUGGGCAAACAAGGAAAUGAUCCGCGGUACCUUUCCUAAGUGAAAGACCAUGGUGCUGCUUCUGGCUCCUGCGAGGAUUCGACAGCACAUGGUUUCACUCUUGCUCUUGACGGCACACUUCACCAGGACCCCAAUCAUCCCAUCUUCGUACCUGUCUCUUGCAUGUACACCGUACACGUCUCGAGAAAACUCCCCAUUACCUACAUUCGUUCGGUGCAGGCCACCGAUGUCGUGAACUGGUAUUUAUGUAGGUUCCACUUAGGAAUCAGUAUCGGUUUAACUCUAUCCUAGAUGGUUUGUAACUCAGCGUAGCAGUCCGUUCGCACGCAGCGUUCAAAUCUUCUGAGACUAUGCUUAGUUGGAACUCUUUAUCGUAAUCUAUCUAUGUACUAUUUGAGACUCCCAGGCACGCUUUCCACGUAAGAACUGCAAUAAUUCGAAUUCAGGACGAUUGUUUCGACUCA